UUAUUAUACAUUCAAAAAUAGCAUACGUAUUCCGUCAAACUCCACCACCUUAUUUUCCACACUCUCUUUUCUCUUUAUAUACCACCUUAACUCUUUCAUCUUUCUUUCAACAAGGCCAAAUACCCACAAAGAUCUUGCAGAAAAUACAGGGUUUCCAUUAGGGUUUUCAUUAGGGUUUUUGUCCUUGAAGUUGAUCAUCUUUUGUUACAACAAGAAACAUAUAUCAAAAGUUGACAACACUUUUGAUAUCCUUGUAGAUCAAGAUCAAAUACCCAGAAAGAUCUUGAAAUCUUUUUGCAAAAAUAUUGGAGAAAAAAAAAUAGGGUUUUGACUUUUGAGUAGGGUUUUUGAAAAUGGAUGGGGGUGAUAUAUAUAAAGCUAGUAGUAGUAUAAGGUUAGGGAGUUUAAGGGCAAGUAGUUUAAGAUCUGGAAGUGCUUCUGUAUGGAGGAACACAGGGAUGGAUGUUUUUUCAAGAUCUUCACGUGAAGAGGAUGAUGAAGAGGCUCUUAAAUGGGCUUCACUUGAGAAGUUGCCGACUUUCGAUCGGUUGAGGAAGGGUUUGUUGUUUGGAUCGACGGGUCCUUCGAACGAAAUCGAUGUUGAUAAUCUUGGAUUUGAUCAGAGGAAGCAUUUGCUUGAUAGGCUUGUCAAGGUGGCUGAUGAAGAUAAUGAAAAGUUUUUGUUGAAGCUUAGGCGAAGAAUUGACAGGGUUGGGAUUGAUUUACCAACAAUUGAAGUCAGAUAUGAACAUUUGACUGUUGAGGCAGAUGUCAACACUGGAAGCAGAGCUUUGCCUAGUUUCAUUAAUUUCCACAUUGAUAUUUUUGAGGGGUUCUUGAGCUUAUUGAAUCUUCUUCCAAAUUCAAAAAGGCAUAUAACCAUCCUUGAUGAUGUCAGUGGUGUUAUUAAACCAAGCAGAAUGACAUUACUAUUGGGUCCUCCAAGUUCUGGGAAGACCACACUAUUGUUAGCAUUAGCUGGGAAGCUAGCAAAGGAGCUUAAGCAUUCGGGGAAGGUAACGUAUAAUGGCCAUGAAUUGCACGAAUUUGUACCGGAAAGAACAUCUGCUUAUAUAAGUCAAAAUGAUGUCCAUAUCGGAGAAAUGACAGUCAGAGAAACCCUAGCUUUCUCCGCUCGAUGCCAAGGAGUUGGAUCACGUUAUGAAAUGUUGGCAGAGUUAGCACGAAGGGAGAAAAACGCAAACAUUAAGCCUGAUCCCGAUAUCGAUAUCUACAUGAAGGCUGCUGCAUCGGCAGGACAAGAAGCUAGUGUCGUCACAGACUACACUCUCAAGUUAUUGGGGUUGGACAUUUGUGCUGAUACGAUGGUUGGUGAUCAAAUGAUAAGGGGUAUUUCGGGUGGUCAAAAGAAGCGUGUGACGACCGGUGAAAUGAUUGUGGGGCCGUCAAAGGUUCUUCUUAUGGACGAAAUAUCAACGGGCCUUGAUAGUUCUACGACUUUCCAAAUUGUGAAAUCACUUAGACAGUUUCUUCAUAUUCUUGAAGGAACAGCUGUUAUUUCUCUACUUCAACCUGCACCCGAGACGUAUGAUUUGUUCGAUGACAUUAUACUUUUAACUGAUGGGAAGAUCGUGUAUCAGGGCCCGCGUGAAAACGUGCUUGAGUUUUUUGAGUCUAUGGGCUUUAAAUGCCCUGAGAGGAAAGGAGUUGCUGACUACUUGCAAGAAGUUACGUCGAAGAAAGAUCAACAACAAUAUUGGAUGAGAAGAGAUUUACCGUACAGAUUUGUGACAGCUAAGGAGUUUGCAGAUGCAUUCCAAUCAUUUCAUGUUGGAAGGAAACUAGCAGGCGAUUUAUCGACCCCUUACGACAAAACCAAAAGCCACCCUGCAGCACUCACAACCGAACAAUACGGUUUAAAUAAAAAAGAACUCUUGAAAGCUUGUACUGAUAGAGAAAUACUACUCAUGAAGAGAAAUUCAUUUGUUUAUUUCUUCAAAUUGUUCCAAUUGACGGUGAUUUCAUUCAUCGCUAUGACUGUGUUCUUUCGAACGGAGAUGGAUCGACGUACUCAAGAAGAUGGUGGGAUCUACGUAGGUGCUCUUUUCUUCGGUGUUUGUAUGAUCAUGUUUAACGGGAUGUCUGAAAUCUCAAUGACGAUUGCAAAGCUUCCCGUGUUUUACAAACAAAGGGAUUUCUUGUUUUUCCCAUCGUGGGCAUACGCCUUACCAUCAUGGAUCAUCAAGAUUCCCGUUUCAUUUCUUGAAGCCGCUGUUUGGACUAUUUUCACUUAUUAUGUUAUAGGAUUUGAUCCUAAUGUCACAAGAUUCUUGAAGUACUAUCUUCUGCUGCUUCUUGUUAACCAGAUGGCUUCUUCGUUAUUUCGGUUCAUUGGAGCAAUGGGUCGAAAUAUGAUCGUUGCAAACACUUUUGGUUCUUUCGCGCUUCUGUUGGUUUUUGCUUUGGGUGGUUUUAUUCUUGUUCGAGAUGAUGUAAAGAAGUGGUGGUUAUGGGGUUACUGGUCAUCUCCGCUAAUGUACGCCAUGAAUGGAAUUACGGUGAAUGAGUUUCUUGGUCACCAAUGGAGAAUGCCAUUCAAUAAUACCAACGUCACACUCGGAAGAACAGUCAUCACAUCUGGAGGGUUCUAUGCCGAAGCUUAUUGGUAUUGGAUUGCAGUUGCGGCUUUGGUUGGAUUCGUUUUUGUCUUUAACGCAUGUUUUGCUUUGUCUCUCGCUUUGCUCAACCCUUACGGGAAAUCACAGUCUAGUGCAUCGACACAAGAUGAUAGUGAUACAGGAGCCGUUGAAAUGACACCCGCAACACGUGAAGGCAAUCAACCCGCUAAGAAAGGGAUGAUUCUUCCAUUUGAACCGCAUUCGAUUACCUUCAAUGAUGUUAAAUACUCGGUUGAUAUGCCACAGGAAAUGAAAGAGCAAGGGGUGAAUGAAGAUAGAUUACUGUUACUUAAGGGUGUGAGUGGAGCUUUUCGGCCCGGUGUUCUUACAGCUCUCAUGGGGGUUAGUGGGGCCGGAAAAACUACUUUGAUGGAUGUGUUGGCGGGUCGAAAAACAGGCGGUUAUAUAGAAGGGGAUGUUAGAAUCUCCGGGUAUCCAAAAAAACAAGAAACUUUUGCUCGGGUUUCUGGAUACUGUGAGCAAAACGAUAUCCACUCUCCUCAUGUUACCGUUUACGAGUCUUUGUUGUACUCGGCUUGGCUGAGGUUGGCUACAGACGUCGAUGAAGCAACCCGAAAGAGUUUUGUUGAUGAGGUUAUGGACCUUGUGGAACUGAACCCGUUAAGGGACGCGUUAGUCGGGUUGCCAGGUGUCAACGGGCUGUCAACCGAACAAAGAAAGAGGUUAACCAUAGCCGUGGAGCUUGUAGCCAACCCGUCUAUAAUUUUUAUGGAUGAGCCCACCUCUGGGCUAGAUGCACGAGCCGCUGCUAUCGUGAUGAGGACCGUUAGGAACACGGUGGACACAGGACGAACCGUUGUGUGCACUAUUCAUCAACCUAGCAUCGAUAUCUUUGAAGCUUUUGAUGAGUUGUUCUUGAUGAAACGAGGAGGACAAGAGUUGUAUGUUGGACCCGUGGGUCGCCAUUCUUGCGAGUUGAUCAAGUAUUUUGAGGAUAUCAACGGUGUAAGCAAGAUAAAAGACGGAUAUAACCCUGCCACAUGGAUGUUGGAAGUCAGCACUUCGGCUCAAGAAAUCGCAUUAGGCGUUGACUUCACCGAAAUCUAUAGAAAUUCGGAUCUUUACCGAAGAAACAAAGCCUUGAUUGCCGAACUUAGUGUGCCCCGACCCGGAACACAAGACCUCUAUUUCCCAACACAAUAUUCACAAUCGUUCGUUAUUCAAUGCAUCGCUUGUUUAUGGAAACAACGGUUGUCGUACUGGCGAAACCCACCAUACACGGCGGUCCGAUUUGCGUUCACUACCUUCAUUGGUGUUAUGUUCGGUACCAUGUUUUGGGAUCUCGGCAGUAAAAAGACAACGCAACGGGAUUUGAAUAAUGCGAUGGGGUCCAUGUAUGCGGCGGUGUUGUUUCUCAGUAUCCAAAACGCGUCAGCUGUGCAACCGGUUGUAGAUGUUGAACGCACCGUGUUUUAUAGAGAACGAGCUGCUGGAAUGUAUUCUGCACUGCCGUACGCCUUUGCUCAGAUUUUGGUCGAAAUUCCGUACAUUUUUUCACAAACAAUAGUAUACAGUGUCAUAGUGUACGCCAUGAUCGGAUUCGAUUGGACAGUGGCGAAAUUCUGCUGGUACGUUUUCUUCCAGUUUUGUAGUCUACUCUACAUGACGUAUUAUGGCAUGAUGACCGUCGCCAUUACACCAAACGCCAACAUCGCCGCCAUCAUUGCCGCCUCAUUUUAUGGGAUCUUCAAUCUCUUCUCGGGCUUCAUCAUUCCACGACCCAGGAUUCCGGUGUGGUGGAGAUGGUACUAUUGGGGCAACCCACUCGCUUGGACUAUCUAUGGUAUGGUUGCAUCACAAUUCGGAGAUUUUGAUGACGUGCUCACAAGUGAGGAGACCGUGAAAGGGUACUUGGACCGGUAUUAUGGUUACAAACAUAGUUUCCUUGGCCCGGUUGCAGGGGUGCAUGUCGGGCUAAUUUUGUUUUUCGGGUUCAUCUUCGCUUACUGCAUUCGGGCCUUCAAUUUCCAGAAGAGAUAAGCAAGUAUACCGGAUGGUGUUUUCAUUUUUUUUUUUAAUAAAUAAGUUUGAUGUAAACGAUUUUUUUUUGAAUGAGAUGGUUGUAAAAUGUAUUUAGUAAAUUUGUAAACUUUUGAGUUGUAUCUAAGAAAUAUUAUGUUUAAUUUUCAAA